CAUUUUAGUUUGUUUCUCUUGUGUUUACCUUCCCUUCCCGGAGAAAAGGGUCAAGAAAAGUAAGGAAAUGUCACCAAAAGGUAAAAAAAGAGAAUCACCCAGAAAACAACAGCUUAUUAAAGAUUUCUUCUCUCCUGUGACAAAGACGAAGAAAAGAGGAAGAGAAGAUGAAGUGGGUGAACAUAGUCCGGAGAAGAAUGGAAUUGAGUCCCCCAAGAAAAAGGCAAAGGAAAUAGUUGAUAGUACUUACCAGGAAGCUGCAAACAAUAACAGAACUCCGGAAAAACCUGCAAAUGACAAAACCCCAGAAAACCCUGCAAAUGACAAAACUCAGGUAAAACCUACAAACAAAACUCCAGAAAACCCCACAAAUAACAAAACUCUGGAAAAACCUACAAAUGACAAAACUCCGGAAAAACCUACAAACAACAAAACUCCGGAAAAACCCACAAAUGACAAAACUCCGGAAAAACCUAUAAACAAGACUACAGAAAACCAUGCAAACAGCAGAGUUCCAGAAAAAAACACACACAAGAAAAAAAUGGAAAAACCUGCAAACGGCAAAACUGAAAAAUCUCUAAACAAAACUUAUGAAAAAUCUGUAAAAACUGAAAAAUCUGCAAAGAAAACUGAAAAAUCAGCAAACAAAACUGUAAAAAUUGCAAACAAUAACAACAACAACAACAACAACAACAAUAAUAAUAACAAAAUUCCUGAAAAAUCUACAAACAGCAAUAAAGCUCAAGAAAAAUCCACAAACAGUAAAAUCCAAGAAAAAUCCACAAAUAUCAGAACUUAUAAGAAAUCUGCAAACAGUAACAAAAAUCCUGAAAAAUCUGCAAACAGUAACAAAAAUUCUGAAAAAUCUGCAAACAGUAAAAAAAAUCCUGAAAAAUCGGCAAACAGUAACAAAAAUCCUGAAAAAUCUGCAAACAGUAACAAAAGUUUUGCAAAAUCUGCAAAUAAUAACAACAAUGAGACGAAAAGGACUCUUUCAAAAAAAUCAACUCAGAAGUCAAAGCAAUUGAUCGAACGUGAAGUCAUCAAAGCAAUGUUUGCUGAGGUAAACAAGACAACGGUAAAAAAAAUGAAGACAGAUAGAAGAAGACUUAUUGUUGUACCAGAUGAAAAUGAAGAAGUUGUUGUCUCUGAUGAAUAUGGAGAACUUAUUGUGCCUGAUAAUCUUGAGCACGGGCAAAUUAUUGGACCCGCUGAUCCUGGAAAUGUGGAAAAAGCAGCAGUGAAUAUUGCAUCAAAUAAAGACGUAAUGGCUUUUGUACCUGAAGAUGAUGGGACUAUCAGUAAACCAGAUGAUGGGGAAGAAAAGGAUGUCGAAGACCUAGGAAGUGACACCCUGGAUAGUCCCGACGAGGAUGACUCACUUUCUGGUUCUCCAUCCAAUGAUGCCAAGAUAUUAAUGUCUUCAGGUUCAGUGAACAAGGUAAAAAGGACAAGUUUUAAUUGCAAAGCUUGUGAUCAGUGGUUUCCAAAUCGGUACUUCCUUCAAAAACAUAUGUUGAUUGAACAUGAAAACCAGCUUUAUGAAUGCCGUGUGUGUUCCUUUGUUUCUGUGAACCCGGAGAAGUUGAAGAGUCAUAUCAUCAAGCAACACGUCAUAAAAAAGGAGCGCGUUGAGCCAGUGUCACUUGAUGAUAUUAAGAUUGAUCUGGAUGAGCUCAUGUCAAAACAGGCACCUCGAAAAGUCAUGAUGGAGGAUGGAGUUGCUCUCGGACGAGAUGCCAGCAACAAGAUGCGUUUUGUUUGUGCAAUGUGCGAUCGCAUAUACACAAGUAAAUAUUCCCUUGAGCGACAUGUCCGAUGUCACACGGGAGAGAAACCAUACGCAUGUGAUGUUUGUAGUUUUGCUACAAGUUAUCGAGAACACAUGCAGCGCCACAUGACUAGUGUUCAUCUUAUUGUGCAUUCAGAUGAGCCUAAACUGAAAUAUAUUCCCAGAAACCGAAAGAAGACUGAAGAAAAAAAUGUAUCAACAGAGGAUGACAAAGAAGAAAAAGAGAAAGAUGCAGAUGCUGGAAAUGAAGAUGUAAUUGAAAUUGACCCUCAAAAUAAAAACAAAAAUGAAGACAGAAAUAGAAAUGAAAAUAGAAAUAGAAAUGAAAAUAGAAACAAAAAUGAAAAUACUAAUAAUGAAAAUGGAAAUGACAAAAAUGAAACUGGAGAAGGAAAUGAAGAUGUGAGCCCAGACUGUAGCAUAAACUCUUCAGACACAACUGAUACUACUACAUCAGGUGGAAAGAAGAGGCGUAAUAUCUUACGAAAACGUUUUGAAUGUGCUGCCUGUGGAAUGAAGGCUACCCAUAAGACAGACCUUGUAGAGCACAUCAGAGCAAAGCACCCUAAUGCUCAUAUUGAAUCUUUGGAUAAUGGUGAUGGCUCUAAGGUCCACCUCAUUGUAACUGUCUCAAAGAAGACCAGUGUAUCCCGCAAGAUGGUCAUAACCUGCCCUGAUUGCUCCAAAGUCUUCCAUGACACUUGGAAAUAUAAAGUGCACAGGCGAUCACAUACAGGUGUCAAACCCUUUGGGUGCAGUGUAUGCUCAUUUUAUGCUACUAGCAAGAUGACUAUUCGUGAUCACAUUCAUCGCAAACACAAGAACUGUGAUAACCCCAAAAUUCUCCUACGUACGGUGUGUAUUGAUGGAACAGUAGGACAUGUUGAGCUUAGCAUGCCACAGCGGGAGUUCAAAUGUGAAUACUGUGAGGAGAAAUUUACAGAUAAUUAUCACUUAAAGCAACACAAGAAGAGAACCCAUCAAGAGGCUUUGCCAUUCUCUUGCGUUGAGUGUGGGCAUAGAGAGUGGGCCCGUGCAAACAUCAUUAUCCACUGUAUGCAAAAACACAGUGAAAAAGAUCUUGAAGGACUCAUAUUACGCAACAAUAAGCCUUUUAAUGUUGGGCCUCACAAGCUUCCUAAGUGUCAGCAGUGUGACAGAGUUUUUCCAUACCAGUCACAACUCUAUAUACAUCAGAAGCAGCACACUGGUGAGCGCAGCUUCUUCUGUGAUAUAUGUAGCUAUCGCACCAACCUCAAAACUUCCUUAGAGAAGCACAUAAUGAAACAUCUUGAUGCUGAGCCUCCGAAAAAAUCUCCAGCUAAAAGAUCUACAAGGAAUAAGGGUACAGAAAAUUACCAACCCAUCAACUUUGUUGAUGUUGAUGAGGUCAAUGAUGAUGAUGCUGUGGGAAAAGUAAAGAGAGAGAGUGCUAAACGAUCACAUAAGGUUAAAACAAGUUAAACACGUGCCUUCCAUUACAUACUGUUUGUGCCUUCAGAGGGACCAUGCCUUUUGGCUGUAUUUAAAUGUCUUCCUAAAAGAUUUCCAAUUUUAUACCUUAAAAUAUAUAGCAGUUGAACUUAGACUGUGGUGCUUCAAUAUUAUAUUUAGAUACCAUGUUGGAUUUGUUAUAUAGAUAUACAGUAAAGACUACUGUUAACUGUACUUCUAGCUGUAAGGUUUGUUGGAAGGAUUUUAAACAAUCCAGAUCAUUUUGUGUGUAUUUAACAAUUUGUCAACAGUUUGCAACCCAAGGGUCUUCGGUGUUUUUCUACUGAUGGCUACUGUGAAAUGCGAUUAAAAAUGCAGGCAAAAUAAGACAUUGGGUCAAAAUGUACAUAAAAAUGUAGGGUUUAGCACUUCUUUUAUUAUAAUAUAAAAUUGUAGAUAACUGAGGGAAAGUAAAAAAAGUAACAUUUAUUAUAAUGCAUAUGGUAUACUGUAUUAGUAAAACUAGGUUAUAAUAUGUAUUUUUAUCUCAUAGCAUGCAGCUGAGCAGCAUUAAUGAUGCUCCUGGAAUAUUUCUCAUUUCUAUACUGAUCUUGUAAUAGUUGGCUGCUGCUAGUUUUGGUUUUGUUCACUUUAUUAUUUUUAAUUUUAAAAUUAAUCACACAGUAAUUAUUGUUGAUGUUUUAGUGAUUAGUUUGGAUGUUCAUUUUAACAUUGUUUAUUCGGUACUGCGCCACUUAAAUACUGUAUAAGCGUGUACCUUUAACAGGUGAGGUUUGAACCUAUAGCAAGCGAGUCCUAAAAUUCUCUAAUGUUAAUUUCCCUACAGUGUAUAGAAAUAUACUAAGUCCCACUGUGAUCACAAAUGGAGGGUUAUACAGAUAGAUCUCACACCAGAGUGGCUGUGGUGAACUCUAGCUCAAGUCCCCUCAAAGCUACCAUCAUGACUCGUAAUAAAACAACACUGUCUAUCAUACAUGUCUAUCAUACUGUCUAUCAUACAUGUCGUUACCAUUUGCCAGCCGAACCACACCAACUCACUCUGACCGAAACAAGUUGCUGCCAGUCUGGCAACUUUUCACUCUGGCAGUAGGCAGUGGCUGAAUCCACAGUGCAUACAAGUACAGUUUGUUUUUACUGGCAGACUGUGUGAAUAAAAUGAAUAUCACAAUCAAAACAUUAAAGGAGAUGUUUCACCACUUUGUGGCAGAAAGUUUUCUUCAAUGUUUGUUGUUCAUGAGUGUUUUAUUCCUACAGUGUAUACAGAUUGGUGCAUGCUACACUAUUUAUACUUCAGUUUUGUUUUACUGUUUUAUAUAUGACUUGGAGGGUGUACAAAUCUGUAGUGGAGGGGUAGGAGUCAUCCUAGGAAAGGAUGGAGGAAGGGGGUAAAAGAGGUUUUGUAUGCAAGGGGUUUGGACAUUCAGCAGGCAUGUGUGUGUGUGUAACACAAUAGGAAUGAAUGGCGACGAAUGGUUUUUGGGACCUGACGAGCUGUUGGGUGUGAGCAGGUUAAUAUUUUGUGGAGGGAAUUCAGGGAAACAGUUAGAUGGACUCAAGUCCUGGAGGUUGGAAGUACAGUGCCCACACUUUAAAGGAGGGGUUUGGGAGAUUGUGUGAAUGAUGGUGAACUUUUUUUUUUUGGGUCACCCUGCCUUGGUGGGAGAUGGCUGACGUGUUGAUUUUUUUUUUUUUAAUGAACUGGCUGUAUCCCACUGAGGCAGGGUGACCUAAAAAGAAAGUUUUUCUUUUUAAAUUUAGUAAUUUAUACUUUAGUCACCUCUUACGACAUGCAUGACUUAUGAAGGAAGAAUUCUUUUCCACUUCCCUACUGAGAUAAGAGAAAAUAAGAACAAGAACUAGCAAGAAAAUUGAAGAAAAUCCAGAUGGCAGUUUUAUCUUUGUUACACAUAUAAACCUGAUCAGGAUAUAUUAGGUUUCAUCUCAAAAGCUGGAAAUAAUUUUUCUAUUUCCAUCUUUGUUUUGCACUACAUUUAAUUUUUUUUCCACUAAUCCUUCACUUUAUUCUCUAAUAUUUUUUUAUAUUUCUCUUGGUCCUAUUUUCUGUUGUUUUUGAGACCUAUUUUGUCACAACCAUGUUAAUGGUGGGUGGAUCCAGUAGGGAAAUGCUAAACAAAAUUUACUUUUUUCUUCUGUUCAUAUAUAGAGAUUUUGAAAAUGCCUUGUUGACAUACAUAUGCAUGUAUGAUUUUAAUACAUGAAUAGGUCCACCCCCCACUUGUGAUGUUAAAAUUGUAAUUUGAGUCAAUAUUCCAUUGCAAUGUCAUUUAUUAAGGUGAGAAUAUUUACCCAAAUAUUCUCGGAAUAGGAAAAGAUGGGGGAGUAAAGGUGGUUUUAUGUGCAAGAGGCUUGGACAUCCAGCAGGCAUGUGUGAGCAUGUUAGGAGUGGAGGCAAAUGAUUUUUGGGACUUGAUGAGCUGUUGGAGGGUGAGCAAGGUAACGUUUUGUGAAGGGAUUCAGGAAAUGAGUUAGCUGGACUUGAGUCCUGGAGGUGGGAAACAAAGUGUAAAGGCGAGGUGGGAGAUGGCCAGCAAGACAAAAAAAAAAAAAGUUGAAACGAACCACAGCUACAGCACCGUAUAUAUGUAUUAUGGUUUGAACAUAGCUGUCUCUGACAUUAAAUUGCUUAGGACUAGCUGUCUCAAAUAAUUUGUACAAAGUCAGCAGGAAAAAUGCAUGCACAGCAGCAGCAUAAACAGCUCUUACGCUCUCACAACUAAGCUUAAUGAAGCCAGGUAUCUAACUCUUUCAAAUCAUCCAGCACUAUAUGUACAGUGUUGGGAAUGCUCUCUGUCCUCACACACUUUUAUAAUAGGUUAGUUCUUUUCGCUCUAUAAUCUGACCAUAAAGUGAGACCCCUUUCCUUGCUUUCUCAGUCUUAUUCGGCCCUUUUGGUCUGUUUAUCAUUCUUUACAGUAUGGGCUGAUGAAAAGAUGCAAAAUCCUUCCAUGAACACAAUGAAUAGCACACAAGAUGCUUCCGCAAUGCAGCGUAGACACCUUGGAUGGUGGUACAGGAAGGGGAGGAGCUAGACCUCUCCAAAACACUAGAACCAUAUGCUCAGCAAGUCAGAGGGAAAAAACCCACCACAUGCAUUACCACAAAUUUCCUCAUAAAUCAAUCCUCUCAUGUUGAUUCAGUGUAAGAGCAUGCACAAAAGUGCAUUGCUCAAUUUAAUGUCAUAUUAAUAAGUGGUUUAUUGUAUAAUUCAGCCUUCAGCCAAUCUUAAAUAUUAUUAUCAAAACUAAUCACUAAACCUACAAGGUCCAUAGAGCGCUGCAUUGCAAAUAUUAAACCUGAGUUCUCUCUAUGAGUAUAAAAUGAACAUGGACAAAGUAUGAAUAUACUUGGUAAAACGCUAAGCAAGAAUAAAUAUGUAUUUAUAGUUCGGCUUUAAGAAAAUCUUAAAUAUUAAAUCUAUAGUUCUUGACCAAUCUCUGCCAAAUGUAAGCACUCUAUACAUGUACAUACAAAGUAUGAACAAAUUUGGUAAAACAAUGGACAUUAUUUUAAAUUUGAGUGUUUUCAAUGAUGACAGUUGUAGGUAAGUGUUGAGAGUAAUUACUUGGUGUCUGAGGAUCGGUAGUCUAGUAAUAGACAUAUCCAUUAAAAUAGUAACUUGAGAUUUAUUAUGUGGCUGUCUUAAACUAUCCACUUUGUACAGAGUAACACCUUAUAGGGAGUUGCCUUCACACUGUUGGAAGGUUCUUGAUCCAAGAAAUUGGUACUACCUUCCCUUUCCUCAGAUCAAAUAUAUUUACCUUCCAUUCCCUAAGUGCUGUGCGUUUCCUACGAGUAAUGCUUCCCAUGAUUAUAGAAGUGUUGUAUAGACUAACUGCUUCCUACAAAAAGUGCUGGAUGAUAAUCUUUGUAGGCCUCCAAUCUGAUGGCAGCAAUGGCCCAGUUGCUCAUGCUGUCAGUGGGAAAUCUGGUCUUGGAUCACUCACUGGUAUGGUCUCUGGAAGAACUUAACAUCUUUCUUUUCUUUCAUACAUGUAUUUAACCCUUUGAGGGUCCAAACCGUAGAUCUACGUCACAAGCUCAGCUCACUCUGAUAAGCUGUGAGCGGUAAAUUUUGGCCUAGAUAUGAGAGAAUACAUCUGUGUGGUAUGUGUGCAGGACAUACAACAAAUCCUGCAGCACACAGUGCAUAAUGAGAGAAAAGAACCGAGACCGUAAUUUUCAAUUAAAACAGUGACUUUGCAGUGUUUUUUCGUAUGUUUUUAUAGUUGUAUUUGCAAUUUCUUGGUCUCAUUUGAUAGAAUGGAAGAUAUAUUACAGAAAUAGAGAAGAUUUUGAUUGGUUUUAGCACUGAAAAUGGCUUGAAACAGCUCAAAGUUGCAGAAAUGUUAAAGUUUUUGCUGAUGUUCAAGAGUAAACAAAUGACCUCACACGUCGAAUACACGCCAGCUGUUGGGUCUUAUAUAUGUUCACAAAUGUGGUGAUAUUAUUUAUAUAAUUAUUACAAUAUUGCAUAACAGUAAAUCUUCUAUUUUUUGGUUUGAAUAAAAAUUCAUUAUGCGAAUAAAAAAUAAAAAUGGAAUUCAUUGGUAAAGCCUCAAAACGUAACAAAUGAACAGAGGAAAUGUUAGUUUAGUGCCAGGAAUGCCUUCAUUGUUUAUUCUGGACCCUAUUUUGAAAUUGGAGAAUUUUGAACUUUGCAUUAAAUUGGCCUAAUUACAAAUUUCCCAUCACUUUAUUUUGUAGUUGAGACAGUUGACUUGGCGAAUUCUUGUGCUCAAUCGAUAGAAAAGAAGUAAUACUAGCGAAAUAGCUAAGAAUUUGGUCGACUGGAAUAAUGUAAUUGGCCUAAAAUGGGAGUCAAAGUCGGCAAAAUCGCCGAUGCGUAAAUAUUUAUGACACCUCAAAAUUCGUGAGAGCAUAAUUUCAUCAAUUUUCAUCAAAUUUCAGUCAUUUUGUUUUAUUACCUUUAGAAAAUGAUUCUCUACCAUUUCAUAAGAAAAAAUAACGAAGUUAUUUUUUAAAUUUUCUUGGACACUGGUGCACACUUUGAAAUUUAGCCUCUGGGCCCUGAAAGGGUUAACUCUUUCACCGUCGAGACCCCUGCUUGCAAACUUGCUCUCAAUGUCGAAGAUUUUAAAUAAAAAAAAAUUUUUUUUGAAACGAUAAUCUUUUCCUGAUGGUAAUGAAACCAAAAGUAUGUAAUUUGGUGGAAAACUUACGGAAUUACACUCUUGCAAAGUUAGCUGUCUCGGCGAUAUUUGUGCAGCAGUGAUUUCACCCACUUUGGGUCCUAUUUUUGGCCAAUGCCAUUAUGCCAGUCGCCCAAACUCUUAGCUACUUUUUAUAGAGCUUCUUUUGUUCUAACGACUGAGUACGGGAAGUCGCCCAUUUACCUGUUUCAGCUACCCAAUAAAGUAAUCAUAGGGUCCAGAAUUACCGUAUUUCACAGCUUAUUAAAUUUUUUUUUUUUACAUGUUUCCAAAAACCACCCUGCAUCCUAUAAACCGUAGGUCAGUGACAGGAACUAUAAGUUUGAGGUAUGGGGUGGGCUGUAGCUCUCCCAACUACGUCUGAUGCCGAGCCAUUGAAACUAAAACAAGUCUUAUAAGCAACACAAUACAAUAAUGCAGACAUUCCUAGCACUAAAAUAACAUUUUCUCUGUUCAUUAGUCACGUUUCCAGGCCUCUUAUAUUAUGCAUGCUUUCCAUUUUAAAUUUUUAUUCACACAAAAUAGAAGAUUUGCUGUUAUGCAGACUACUGGAUUAUUGUAAAAACAGUAUAAAUAAUAUCAGUGCAUUUGUGAAAGCAUAUUGGACCCACCAGUUGACAUGUAUUGGACACGUGACGUGAUUUGUUUACUCUUGAACAUCGGCAAAAAUUGAACAUUCCUGCUAUUUUGAGCUCAUUUUCAGGGUACUUAUCUGUAAACCAAUCAAAAUCAUCUAUUUCUGUGAUAUGUAUAUCUUCCACUAUCAAAUGGGACCAAGAAAAUGAGAAUACAGUGGACCCUCGACUAACGAUAUUAUUUCAUUUCAGAUGUCUGUUUGGGUGCCGUUACCGACCGAAUUUGUUCCCAUAAGGAAUAUUAUGAAAUAGAUUAGUCCGUUUCAGACCCCCAAAAAUUCACGUACGAAAGCACUUACAAAAAUACACUUACAUAACUGGUCGAGUUGGGAGCUGAUCGUUAGUCGAGGGUCCACUGUACAACCAUAAAUGCCAUACAAAAACACACUGCAAAGUCUCUUGUUUUAAACCAAAAACACACAGUUUUUUCUCAUUAUGCUCUGUGCUGCAGGAUUUUUUUUUUUUUAUAUUGCACACUGACCACCUAAACCCAUUCUCUCAUAUGUAGGCCUACCAGCUAUCUCCAACAAGAGUGGAAGCCGUUAGAAUUUUGAUGUACUAUUAUGGGACCGACACUGGCUUGCAAACCGUAAUAAUAUGGGACCGACACUGGCUUGCAAACCGUAAUAAUAUGGGACCGACACUGGCUUGCAAACCAUAAUACGUAUUACAGGACCGACAGUGAAAGGGUUAACAAACCAGUCGUUCAAACUUUUUUCUCCCCGCUUGCUUUCUAUACAUUACUCAUCACUCCAACCAUUUAUAUUAUCAAUGGUAUAUGUACAGUACCGAAAAGUUGAUAAACAAGACACGCAACACAAUGGAACCUCGGUACUCGAACAGGUCCAUACUCGAACAAUUCGUUAUUUGAAUGCUUUGUUUGGUAAACAAAUCGCUCAGUAGUCAACCAAACAAACACGACCUGCCAGAACUUCACUGUAAACUAUUUCGUGUUUCUUCGCAUUUUUUUAUUUUUUUUAUAUUAUUUGUAUAAAUAAGUCACCAUGGGGCCUAAGAGGGUUAGUGAUAACAAGCCAACCAAAAGCAAAAUUCGUUUUGUACUCUAACAGCCAUCUGGAACCAAUUAGAUUCGAGUACCAAAGUUCCACUGUGUAUUAUUAUUAUAAUAACAAAGCACUUAAUGACACAUAGUAUAAAUCUCACCAAAACUAACUAUCUUGUUUAGUAAAUUUCUGCUAUAUAUGGCAUAGGUCCCUUGUGUACACAAAUAACCCGCACAUAAAAGAGAGAAGCUUACGACGACGUUUCGGUCCGACUUGGACCAUUGACAAAGUCACAUUGACUUUGUCAAUGGUCCAAGUUGGACCGAAACGUCGUCGUAAGCUUCUCUCUUUUAUGUGCGGGUUAUUUGUGUAUCGUUCCAGUCACGGUAUUGUGCCUUUUUUUGUUAUUUAUUGUCCCUUGUGUACUUUAGACAACAAAAUAUUUGCCUGCACAGCUGGCAUCUUCCAUCAAAGACUUCAAAAUAGUAAAAUGCAUAAGAUAACCGAAUGUUGCAUGUUUGUCUUAUUCAUGAGUUUUAGUAUUCUCUCAGCCUCACUAAUAUCAUACUCUCACCUCAUCCUUCAUUCUAAUAUAUCUCAUUCCUCCUUAUCUACAGCAUAAAAUUUUUGCUUUCAUUUCAUCAACAUUCAAUACAUUUUCUCUGUCUGACACUUCUACCUUCAUAUAAAAUUAUUUUUUGUGGGAUGCUGGGCAGGGAAACUGGUGAUAUUGUUCUCAAUCACCCUAAUACAAAAAGAACCAUAUAUAUAUAGACUAUUGAUGUGUCAAAAUAAUAUUAAAAUUAAUAAGCUGUAAAAAAUACUGCAAAAUGUUAUUACAAUUAAAAGUUGCAAAAAAUACAGGAGAUUUCAAUUGAAAAUCUCCAUAAUGAUUAUUGGUUGGAGACCACUGGUGUAACCAGUUACUUUCCUCAUGAAACUUGCUAGUGAUGUUAAUGUAUUUUAGAAAGGUAAGAUUGGAUUACCUACUGUAUUUUCCUGCAUAUAAGAUGCACGAGCAUACAAGACAUUCAAGACGACGUUUCCGAGCAGUCGUAACAUAACGUUAAUAAACACUGCUAAAGUGUAACAAAAGCCAACCCUUGACCCCAGACCUUGAGCAUCUAAGGCACAGGCUGAUUUUCCAAGAUUUUUGGGGGGAAAAGUGCACCUUAUAUGCCAGAAAAUACAUUAGUUUCUACAUUUUUUUACUAAUAUAUUUGUCUCAAAAGCUUGAGAUCAUAUUUUUGCCUUGACUUGUAUUGUCUUGAUUAUUAUUAUAAUCAAAAAGAAGCGCUAAGCCACAAGGGCUAUACAGCGUAUUGCCUUGAAAUGAGAAUUAACUACAUUAAACUUUUUGUGUACUGCAUUUUUAUAAAUAGAUCCAUUGUGUAUAGGGAAAAAUUGUAUUAAAUUUAUGCUUUAACCUGGUUGGCACUUUGUUUAAAAUUAUAUUUAUACAACCCUCAUGUUGAAUGGGAAAAUUUGUUGUACUGUAUUAGUUUGUUUUGUAUUAUUUGAACUAAUAUAUGAUGUAAGUAUACAGUGCUCGUCACGGCAUUAUGCUGGGUGAGCGCCCCGGCAUAAUGCCGGGUGAGCGCCACGGCAUAAUGCCGGGUGAGCGCCACGGCAUAAUGCCGUGAUGAGCACUGUACAGUCAGCUUUCUUAUAAAGCUACUCUAUAUAGUGUUUUUUUAUAAUUGUGAUUGAAAAAUACAUUAAGAACUGUAUAGCACGUGGAAAGGCUUUCAUAGUACAAGCCGUUUAAUUUUGUAGGAACUUUUUUAGUUACAUUUACCUUUACAAGAGUUUGUUAUAUUGUGUCUUGUAAUUCACAACACUGUAGUUUAUGUACAUCGAUUGUUACGUAUUAACAAGCAACAGUGUUGAAGCCAGUUGUGACAUGUGUGAUGGACUGUGACACCUGCUAAGCCAGUGACAGAUGAAGCAUAGAUGACUAUGUCUUCCCAUUUAAAACUAGAGCCUUCCCUUAUGUGCCUUAAUUAAUCACUUUUUGUGAACCACUGUCGGCCCUGCACGACCCACACGGGCUUAGUCCUCGUCCAUUGAUGUGAUGACUAUAAUGAUAAUGACAGUGCCUCUUUAUGCGCCAUUGUUGGUACUUAUUAUUUAUGUAGCUAUUUGACAAAGAGUAUUUAGUAAUCCUUAACCAGAUUUUUUUUAUUAUAUCUAACAAAAAUGUUCAUAAGCUUUAAGCUUUAAUAAUAAUAGUAGCAAUAAUAAAACAUUUAUAGCAGAUUUGAGUUCUUAGUUUUAAUAUUAGUGUUAAGUAUUUUGAUGUACUUUUAAGUACUUUUCUUUUACCAGUUUCUUCUAGUACAUUUAUAUCUUGAAUGUUCGAAGUCUUUGUUGUCUUUAAUUUUAACAUAGACUGUACUGAUUAAAUUAUAACCAUCUUUAUCAAACCAUGAAAGUGGGUUUAUUUAAACAGUUAAUUUUUGAAUUUAUAUUGUUGAAUGUACAGUUUCUUCAACUGUAUUACAUGAACACCUCAGAAAUGCCAGUACAGGUACUGUACUGUAUAUGCAAUUUUAAAUAAAUAACUUUUUGACAA